AUGCACAAACCACCCCUGGCCCCUAAACCAAAGUUAGUCCACCCCCAGAGGCCAGGGCUUUCUCCCUCAACCCCCAGAAGAGAUGGCCUCUCGCUCCCAUCGCCUGGCACACAGAGGAGGGUUAAACCAGUACUGGCCCCCAAACCCUGCCUCUCCAAACUCAGUGCUGUGGAGUCCAAACCCCUCGCUUCAAAGAGCCUGCACCAAACACCUGUAACAGAAACCCCACGGGUCCCCAUUGGUCUCCUUAAUUCCCAAAAUGGAAUACAGCAAGAGAACAAAAAGCCAGAUUGGGAUUAUAUUAUUCCUAUUUGUCUGUGUAGCCAGGAGAACUGCCUGUGCAUCAAGAACACAGCACUCACAGACAAAAUUGAGAAAGACUUGAAAACCUCACAGAGGGGUAAAACUGCAGAGAACAGAAAGGCUAUGCCUACAUCUCGAGGCACUUUGGAGAACAGCACAGAGAAGAUGGACAAUGCUAAUUGCCAAGUGAUGAAUACUACUUCAUCCAAUACCCACCUCACAGACCAUAAAUCGCUCCAACAGACACUUGCUUUUGAAAAAAGCCCCAGCACAGACACAGAUACCUCCAGCCCCGAGGUGACAGUCAGGCCGUCUCUUCCUCGCAGAACUUGGAGUGAUGAGGCAAAUGGUAAUGUCAUACAUCUGAGUGCACCUGGGCGAGGACCAGAGGAAGAUGCUCUUGGCUCAGAGGAGAAGCGUUGUGUGCUCCAACCCAAACCAGUCCCAGCAGCUUCUAGGAAGCCCAUCCCUGUCCCUGUACCACGGAAACCCAGAAAGGUUGUGCUGACCCGUCAGGAAAAGGUGGAGGAGGACAGGGAAGAUAUUUCAAGCCAGGAGGGGAGGGAAAUAAACGUCAAAGAGUUGAAGUUGUCAUCAGAGGGGAAGGGCAGCUCAUCCUUGUCUGUCAGCGUACCUGUUAGUGAAAACAGGCAGCCACUGUUUUUUAUGUCUGCAAGGAAACCCAGCGCCCCACCAGCCCCUCCGCCCAGGAAAAAGCUGUAUCUGUCUACACCUGAGAGGUCGCCAACCUCUGCUCCUCAGACACCACCAAAUGAUUUGGAGGAAGAAGACCUGGGUUGGGACAGCAACAUCAAUGAGAUGGAGAUAUCGGUUGACAAGGAGGAUGAAGAGGUGGAGAGGGAAGGAAGGGAUGAUCAGGAGGCAGUUUACAGUGAUCUAACACACUGUCCUCCCUCCAGCUAUUUGCUCAGUCAGCCAGUGAUCAGCCUGCCGUCUGUGGCAGCAGAAGAUGGGGUGGUCAAGGUAGCUCCGAAGAAGCCCCAGAGACAUAGCACCCCAAUGGCAUGGCUGCAGAAGAAGGAAUCAUCUGAGGAGAAAGAAGAGGGGAGAUUAGCAGAUAAUGAGAAGAGGCAGGAUCUUCCUAUGCAGGAUUGUGUUUUGGAGGAGAGAGUGAAGAGGGAGCUUCCUUCGCCUCCAGAUGAAAAACCAAAAAGAUGCCUCUUAAAAGCUGGAACCAGUAAACCUUCUCGUGUCAGCGUGAGAGCCAAGUCAUUCUCUGAUGCAGACCUGAUUCGCUCUAAUGGACAAAAGAGAAACUCUUUCCGGAAACUGCUGGACUUGAAGCUCUCAGUGAAGAUUUUGCCCAAGCUGAUAGUAAAAGGAGGCCAGACAUCAGAGUGCACUGUGAAUGAAACAGAGCAGUGUGUGGACAGUGAUCAAGAUAGACCCCAGAGUGUCCACGUGCAUGUUAGGUCUCAACGAAAAUUAUCCUGCCCGCUGAUUGGAGUAGAGCAAAACGUGGAUAGAGAUGAGUUUUCACCUGGAAUCGAACAACCUGUUGACUAUGAGAACAUCCCUCAUUAUGAGGAGAUCUCAGACUAUGUGAAUGUGCAAGUGGGGACAGCAUCGCCUCAGGCCUCACAGCCUGCAGCCUGGGAGAGUUUUAUGUAUAAUGAUGAUGGCAUUUAUGAGGAGCAGGAGCCAUAUAUGUCCCUGCAGAAAGACUCUGGCCACCAACUAGGACAUGGAGACUAUGACAGAAGCUCUGUGGAUGAGGAGGUGACGCCCCUGGAUGAUGGGCUCUCAGAUGAUGACAUUAUGGCACAUACCUCAGAUGAGGACGAUAGUAGCUCCAUCUCAAGUAAAGGGGAACCUGAGCAGCCAGAGGAGAGUGCGACGCCGAGUGGACCGAAGAAGAGCAAGAUACACCACAUCGCUACAGAGAUCAUGAGCUCUGAGAGUGUGUUUGUUGAUGUCCUGAAACUGCUUCACGUCGACUUCCGUGAGGCAGUAUCCAAAGCAUCCCGUCAGAAGCCUGUGAUUGAGGAGCGUCUUCUCAACCAGAUCCUGUACUACCUCCCCCAGCUCUAUGAACUCAACCAAGACCUGCUCCGAGAGCUGCAGCUCAGAGUGGCCAAAUGGGAUGACAAUGCCCAGCUGGCAGACAUAUUCCUGAAGAAAGGCCCCUAUCUAAAGAUGUACUCUACUUACAUUCGAGAGUAUGACAAGAAUGUGGCUCUACUGGAAGAGCAGAGUAAGAAGAACCCAGCAUUCAGCGCAGUGGUACGGGAAUUUGAGGCUAGUCCACGCUGUGCCAACUUGGCUCUGAAGCAUUACCUACUAAAGCCAGUUCAGAGGAUACCUCAGUAUCAGCUGCUGCUCACAGACUAUCUAAAAAACUUGUCUGACGACUCAGAUGAUUACAAGGACACACAAGCUGCUCUUGGUAUAGUGAAAGAAGUGGCCAAUCAUGCCAAUGACAUCAUGAAACAAGGGGAUAACUUCCAGAAACUGAUUCAGGUGCAGUGCAGUCUCAAUGGCCACCAUGAGAUUGUCCAGCCUGGCAGGAUCUUCCUGAAAGAGGGCAUCCUGAUGAAGCUGUCCAGGAAGGUUAUGCAGCCCAGAAUGUUCUUCCUGUUUAACGACACAUUGCUCUACACCACUCCUGUUCAGUCAGGCCAGUACAAGCUAAACAACAUGCUGUCUCUGGCUGGGAUGAAGGUUAGCAAACCAAGUCAAGAGGCCUAUCAGAAUGAGCUGAACAUCGAGAGUGUGGAGCGUUCCUUCAUUCUCUCUGCAAGUUCAGCCACAGAGAGAGAUGAAUGGCUUGAGGCCAUUUCCACAGCAAUCAAUGACUACACCAGGAAGAAAAUCAGUUUCAUAUCUGGCAAGACUCCAGAGGAGGUAGAACUGAGGGGUAGUGGUGAUGGUGCUCCUUUGGGAUCCAAAGCCCCUAUAUGGAUCCCUGACCCACGGACCACCAUGUGCAUGAUCUGCACCUGUGAGUUCACCCUGACAUGGAGGCGACAUCACUGCCGAGCAUGUGGAAAGGUGGUGUGCCAGUCUUGUUCCUCAAACAAACACUGCCUUGAAUACCUUAAGAACCAGUUGGCACGAGUGUGUGACCAGUGUUUCCCUGUUCUGCAGCAGAAAAGUGAACAAGCCGUGUCCACAGCUAUAUCCCCUGGCAGCAGAGCUACCUUUGCUUUCUCCAGGAGGCAGAAGAGGAUACCUGCGGCCUUGAAAGAGGUGACAGCAAACACAGACAACUCCUCCAUGAGUGGCUAUUUGCAGAGGUCAAAGCGCAAUAAAAAGCAGGGGAAGAGGUUGUGGUUUGUGAUCAAAGACAAGGUCCUGUACACCUACGCUGCAAGUGAGGAUGUUGCAGCUUUAGAGAGCCAGCCCCUUUUAGGAUUCAUGUUGAAAGUGGAUUCAUCACAGAAGUUACAGUUCAAGCUUUACCACAAAAACACACUUUACUACAUUUUUAAAGCUGAUGAUGUCCAAACUGCCCAAAGAUGGAUUGACUCAUUCAAAGAAGCUACAGUGCUUUAAUAUCUGUUGACAGCGUGUGAAGUUGUUCAACAUGCAAUACUUUUUUGUUCUUGUCUGAAAAUGUACCU